CAGCAACAGCAGCCUCAAGGAUCUAUGGUCUGCUGGGAGAGAUUUCUACAUCUUAGGUCCCUCAAGGUUUUGCUUGUAGAAAACGAUGACUCCACUCGCCAUCUAGUCACUGCACUGCUUCGUAAUUGCAGUUAUGAAGUUAUUGCAGCUGCAAAUGGACUAUACGCAUGGAAUAUGCUAGAAGAUCUGACAUAAUAUGUGUGUGUGUAGUACUUCAUUUCUCGAUUCACCACAUUUCAGACUUAUUUUUUCUUCUAGAUGAAGAAAAUUUUAAGACAUCCUUCAGUUAUGGGCUCCUGUUACUCUAUUGUAUCUUGUAUAUUGGGAGUAGACAAAUAGUUAUCUGGCAAACUUGGCAGUUCCCCGUUGGUCAGGAUUUGUUGAAUCUCCUAUAUCUUUACAAUCGGUUGAGCUUUAAAUCUCCUUUCACAAAUUUGCUGCCUAUGGUCGGACUUUCAACUGGGUUUUAUGUUCUCUUUUGUUCUCUUCUGGUUUACCAUCCUUUCUUCUUUGUCAGCAUCCUUAGUUAUUGCAGCUGCAAAUGGACUACACGCAUGGAAGAUGCUAGGAGAUCUGACAUAAUAUGUGUGUAGUGCUGCAUUUCUUGCUUCACCACAUUUCAGACUUAUUUUUCUUCUCGAUGAAGAAAACUAUAACUUUCCAUUGUUCAUUUUUCUGGGUAGCAAUUAUGGAAAACAUACUGGAAUGAAUUUAAGGCAUCCUUCAGCUGUGAGCUCUUCUGUUACUCUAUUGUAUCUUGGAAGUAAACAUAGUUAUCUGGCAAAGUUUGCAGUUCCCCGUUGGUCAGGAUUUGUUGAAUCUCCCAUAUCUUUACAUUCGGUUGAGCUUUGAAUAUCCUUUAUUUUGCUGCCUAUGGUCUGAAUUUCAUUUGGGUUUUAUGUUCUCUUCUGGUUUACCAUCCUUGAAUGUCCGUUCACAAAUUUGCUGCCUGUGACCUGAAUUUCAAUUGGUUUUAUGUUCUUUUCUUGUUUACCAUCCUUUCUUCUUCGUCGGCAUUCUUAGUUAUUGCAGCUGCAAAUGGACUACACGCAUGGAAGGUGCUAGAAGAUCUGACAAAUCACAUAGAUCUUGUCUUAACAGAGGUGGUCAUGCCUUGCUUAUCGGGCAUCGGUCUUUUAUGCAAGAUUAUGAGCCAUAAAACAAGGAAGAAUAUACCUGUGAUUAUGAUGUCUUCUCAUGACUCAAUGGGUUUAGUCUUUAAAUGUUUGUCAAAGGGUGCUGUCGAUUUUUUAGUGAAGCCCAUUCGGAAGAAUGAGCUUAAAAACCUUUGGCAACAUGUUUGGAGAAGAUGUCAUAGUUCUAGCGGUAGUGGAAGUGAAAGUGGCACGCAGACCCAAAAAUCUGUGAAGUCAAAAAGUGUUCAAAAAUCAGAUAACAACACCGGGAGCAAUGAAGAAGAAGAAGACAAUGAGAGCAUUGGCUUCAAUAUUGGAGAUGGAAGUGACGAUGGCAGUGGCACACAGAGUUCUUGGACCAAGCAAGCUAUAGAGGUUGAAAGCCCUCGACCAGUAUCUGCAUCAGCAUGGGAUCAAAAGCGUGAACGUCCUGAUAGUACUUGUGCUCAAGUUGUCCACUCAAAUGCUGAUGCAUUUGGUAAUAACGUGCCACCUGUUUUGACAGCCGAGUGCCAGGUGCAGAAAAAGCAACUUGAAACUGUUUCCGUGGGUAGAGUUGAAUUAGGCGUGCACAUAAAUCUAGAUUUACAACUUGAACUGUCUGCGGAACAUCCAACCAAGCUAGCUAACAGACAACAGAAUAUUAUGCUCGAGAUAGGAUCCAAUGGAUUUAAUGAGCAGUUCAACAAAGGACAGCUUGACCUCAACUCUGAGAAUCCAUCCAGCAAACUCAAGUACGAACAAACAAAUGUUACUGGUCUUGCUACAAAUCUUAAAGAUUCUAAGUUGGAUGUCACAGUGUUUGAGGCACCAACCAGCAAUCCCAAGAUAGACAUUAAGAAUAAAGAUGUUACAGAUUCAGGAGAAUUUCCAUCCCUUGAGCUUGGAUUAAAAAGGCUUAGAGGAGUUCAAACGACAGGGAAAGCAGACCAAGAUGAGCGGAAUGUUUUGAGACGCUCAGAUUCUUCAGCUUUUUCUAGGUACAAUGCUGGCUCAAAUUCUAACAAGACUCGAACUGGGAAUGCUGGAAGUAACUCUUCUCCUGUUCUUGGCUUAGAAGUUACAAACCAAGAGAACAUGCAAGAUAUUCGAUCUCAUUCGAGUGGUAAUCCUCCCAAUCAAUGCUCAAAUGGAGAUAGCAAUAAUAUUGACAUGGGGUCCACUACGAAUAAUGCAUUUUCCAAGUCCAUAGUCACUAAUAACAAGUCAGCAAUGGCAUCCACAGUCAACUGUUUGAACCCGUUGGCCCAACCUAUUAAGAAUGACAGUCUAUCUGUUCCUCAGCAAGCUGAUACUAUCAAUAACGGUACAAUUACAACAAUUCAAACUCAGUCUAAUUGUGUGCACGGGGAAUCUCAAAUUCAGCAACUUUGUCACCCGUAUGAUCACACUCAUCUGCUUGCCCAAAAUAAUCAACAAAUGUCAUCGGAGCGUAAUGAUUUUUCAUUAAAGAAAAUAUCAGCUGCGACACAUUGUGGGUCAUCCAAUGUGUUAAAUGGCCCUGUAGAAGGUAAUGCAGCAAAUUAUAGUGUGAAUGGUAGCGCCUCGGGCAGUAACCAUGGAAGCAAUGGCCAAAAUGGGAGCAGCACUGCAGUAAAUGCUGGAGGGCUGAAUAUGGAAAGUGAUAAUGGAAUAGGCCGGAAAAGUCGAAGUGGGGAUGCCAGUGGAAGUGGUAGUGGAAGUGGAAACGAAGUGGACCAAGACAAAGUCUCACAAAGGGAAGCAGCCUUGACAAAGUUUCGCCAGAAACGGAAGGAAAGAUGCUUCCAUAAAAAGGUCCGAUACCAAGGCAGAAAGAAAUUGGCAGAACAGAGGCCCCGUGUGAGGGGACAGUUCGUGAGACAAAACACAAGCGAAAACACGAGCAAUGUCGGAGAUGGCUAAAGCCAUAGGCAUUGUUUUGGUAAACAAACAAAGAUUUGGUUUUCCCUUUAACAAGAAAUGUCCAUGUGCAUUUGGGAAAAUAGAAAAAUUAGAGUGUACCAUUUUAGACAGAAAAAUGAUGUUUUUACUUAAUAAUUCUAAAUUAGACAGACAAAAGCUGAACUGGACUCUGUUGCCAGUGGCUACUGGACUUCUAAUUCAAGAAGGCCUUCUGCCUUUCUGCAUCAGAAAACUCUACUUUAGUUUGUGUUUGGACACAAUGUGAGUGUAUUAUUAUUCAUUGUUACACCUCCUCU